CCAAUAUUUAUCAAAAAGGUUCAACAAACCAACACAAGACGUCAAUAAAACCUUACAUCAUUAUGAACGUGAGUAGGGAUUUGAUUAUGGGAAUUCCUGAAAUUGGUCUGUGUAUUUCUACUUUGUAUUCUAUUCACUGGAAAUCAGAUUUCAUUACCAAGCAACAGCUCAACAUGUUUUUUCAGAACGCAGCAAGUCCUCCAAGUGACCAAAACCCCAUUUCUAAUCCUGGAAGCAGCAUGGAUACACAGUUUAUCUACGACCUUUUAGGGGAAAAUGCUUGGUUGUACAUCGGUGCUACUUUUGUGGGGUUGUGGAUUAUUGUGUGGCUGUACAGAGACAGCCUGGAGAUCGAGGACAUCACCGACAAGUAUGUCUUUGUGACCGGCUGCGACUCAGGGUUUGGAAACUUGCUGUGCAAGAAGCUCGAUCGAAGAGGUUUCCGUGUGCUGGCUGGCUGUCUCACAGAAAAGGGAGCUGAUGAUCUGAAGAGGGUGGCAGGCCCUUAUUUGAAGACUGUCCUGCUGGAUGUGACCAGUCAGGACAGCAUCCAGAAAGCCAUGGAGUAUACCAAGAAGGAGGUUGGCGAUAAGGGACUUUGGGGUAUCGUGAACAAUGCUGGACGCUCAUUACCCAUGGGUCCGUCAGAGUGGAUGAAAGUGGAGGAUUUCCACAGCACACUGAAAGUCAACAUGAAUGGGGUGAUCGCCAUGACGAUGACUUUCCUGCCCCUCAUCAAAAAGGCUCGCGGCCGUAUCGUAAAUGUAGCAUCAGUGCUGGGGAGAGUGGCUGCCAACGGCGGCGGAUACUGCAUCUCCAAGUUUGCAGUGGAGUCUUUCUCUGACUGCCUCAGGAGAGAUAUAAACUACUUUGGAGUCAAUGUGUGCAUCAUUGAGCCGGGGUUUUUCAAGACUGCAGUGACGAGCCUCGACCCCAUCGAGAGGGAGCUGCAUCGCUUGUGGAACCAGCUCAGCCCCGAAGUUCAAGCCAGCUAUGGAGACAAGUACCUUGAUAAGUACAUCAAGGUCCAGCGUUUGAUCAUGAACGCUGUGUGCGACUCUGACCUCACCAAGGUGACCAGCUGCAUGGAGCACGCUCUGACAGCUGCCUACCCCCGCACCAGAUACAGCGCCGGCUGGGACGCCAAGCUUAUCUGGAUCCCCCUCUCUUACAUGCCUUCCUGCGUAGUUGAUGUUGGGCUGAAGCUGGUGCUGCCUCGUCCUUCAAAGAGCGUGUAACUUGUGACGACUUUGAAGAAAUGUCAUCGGCCUUUUUAUGUCGCUUUGAUGCAGUACAGAGGCUGACUGAAAAAUACAUAUUUUGCCUUUCCCAAUAUCUGUAUUCUUUAUCCGCACUGGAAAUGCAAUGAUCUGAUGUUGCAGUUAUUAUUAUUUUUAUAUGCGCAUGAUCUGCCAUGUAAAAGUACUUUUUCCUUUGUAAUGUCUGCUCAACACUUUUAGACAAUACGAAAGAAAAUAAUGAAACU